UCCCAAGUUUCGGAGUGCGCGGGGAGAAGAAGCAAGUUUGGAGCCCCUCCGACUAGACAUUUCGCGACCGCCGCCGCAAGAAAAGCGUGGAAAAGGAUCCGUUUUACCUGUUGAUGAAGUCCCACCGGCUGCGGGACGCAGAGGAGCAGUCGGGUUCCUUCACGGAGAAGAAAAGUGUGAAAAAGGUGCAGACAUCACAGCACUCCAGUGGCCAGGAGGAGUGAAGGACCUCGCUUUUUUCCUUUUCCCCAGCGUUUGCAGCCUGCGCUGGGUUGGUGGAAAAUGGGCACUUCGAUCUGUGGACUUAUCCUCUCUUUGACACUCACAUGCCAGCUGGUUACUGUGACUCAGGCCUCCAAGGUGUGGGGAGAGGUACCUCUGCCAGAGGACUUGGAGGCGGAGAAAGAUGUCAAGGCGUCCCAGAGCUUGCUGGACGACGACGAGGACUUUGCCGCUGAUGAGGCCUCAGGAGAUCUGCCCAGUGGAGAGGAUGAUGGAAGCACACCAUGGCCGCCGGUCUCUGAGAGCACAAUUUAUUACAGAGCUCUCGUCAACUUCACCGACUCCCUGGUCUACGGCCCCGAGCUCGAGGACAUCUUCUCACCGGCCUUUAAUGAGAUCUCUGAAGCAGUGGUGGACACGCUGGAGUCAGACUACAACAGGAUUCCAGGUGUCCAGACAGUCAGCGUGGUCCUCAUUAAGAAGAUGAUAAGAGAGGAUGGCGUGGACGUAUUUGUGGAGUUGGACGUGGGCUCUGACUACAACAGCAACGAUGAACAGAUCCGCAGCGUGCUGUACAACGUGGUGAAGGAGGGAGCCAUUGCUUCCUAUGUCACGUCAGUCCAGGGCUUCCAGUUCAGACGGCUCGGGGAAGUAACCCCCGGCAUCAGACCCUGCAUGCCAGAUGAGCACAGGUGUGGUGAUGGGACAUGUAUCCUGAUGGAAUACCUGUGUGACAACAGACCAGACUGCAGAGACAUGAGUGAUGAGACCAAUUGUGCUCCUCCAGUCUUUACGCCGCCUCCCACCACAACGGCCACCGUCAAGAAGCCCCCGCGCCCCCCCAGCCCACCCGGACCCUGCAGAGCGGAUCAAGCCACAUGCCAGAGCGGAGAGUGCAUCCCACGAGACUACAUCUGUGACGGAGAGAGGGACUGCUCGGACGGGAGCGACGAGUUCAGAUGCGGUACCCCGUCCCCCUGUGAACCCAACGAGUUCAAAUGUAAAAACGGUCGCUGCGCCCUCAAGCUUUGGCGUUGUGACGGCGACAACGACUGUGAGGAUAACUCAGAUGAAACAGACUGCCCCACCAAGGGUCCUGGUGACAGAUGUGCUCCUGAGCAGUUUGAAUGCCUGAGCGAUCGCACCUGCAUCCCGGCAAGUUACCAGUGUGAUGAAGAGCCAGACUGCCCCGACCGCUCUGAUGAGUACGGCUGCACCCCUCCUUCUGUGACAAGCCCGCCAGAAGAGUCCAUUCAGGCAGCCCGGGGGGCGACAGUGACGUUCACCUGUCAGGCUGUCGGAGUGCCAACACCCAUCAUCACCUGGAGACUCAACUGGGGGCACAUUCCUGUCAGCGGCAGGAUCUCAAUGACCAGCGAGAACGGCCGCGGCACCCUGACCAUUCGUGACGUGAAGGAGGCGGAUCAGGGGGCGUACACCUGUGAGGCCAUCAACGCUAAAGGCCUUGUGUUUGGUAUCCCUGACGGUGUGCUAACUCUCACAUCAAAUCCAAAUCCAGGCAACUGUCCUGAUGGUCACUUCAGCUUGGAGGGCCGCUGCGUGUCCUGCUUCUGUGCUGGAAUCACCAAAAACUGCAAAAGCACCGGACGCUACCGCAACCAGAUCAGCCUCCGAUUCACUGAUGAGGAAGACUUCAAAGGCGUGAACGUCACCUACCCCUCCAGGCCAGGCACUCCUCCUCUCUCCUCCACUCAGCUCCUCAUUAACCCUGAGAUGGAGGAGUUCCAGCUCGUCGACCUGUCGCGCCGUUUCCUCAACCUGGACUCCUUCUGGACCUUGCCUCGCCAGUUCGUGGGCAACAAGAUUGACUCCUAUGGAGGAUCCUUGAAGUACAAAGUGCGGUACACGCUGGCCCGCGGUCUGACUGAAGUUGUGGAGAAGCCGGAUGUGAUGCUGGUCGGAAAUGGACGCAGGCUUGUGUACCGCAGAGGCAGCAGCACCCCUGCCCGAGUGGUCAACCAGAAGGAGAUCAAAUUCACUGAAGAUAACUGGCAGCACUCCAAUGGCCGCCCUGUGAGCCGGGAGGAGCUGAUGAUGACGCUGGCCAACCUGGACAGCAUCAGCAUCCGCACCAUCUACGACAACCACAUGGUCAGCGUGGCGCUCAGUGACAUUGUCAUGGACACCACAACUGAGGAGUUCAGCACUCUGGGUCAUGCAAAGACUGUCGAAGAGUGCAGAUGUCCUCCUGGAUAUUCGGGCCUGUCCUGUGAGAUGUGUUCGUCUGGGUUCGAGCGCGUCCCUGGUGGCUCCUAUCUUGGCACCUGUGCCGGUUGUAACUGCAAUGGACAUGCCAGCGCUUGUGACCCGAUAAGCGGACACUGUCUGAGCUGCCAGCACAACACAGAGGGUCCUCAGUGUGACAAGUGUCGCUCAGGCUACUUUGGUGACCCGAGCCGAGGCCGCCCCGACGACUGCAAGCCCUGCCCCUGCCCAUACCAUGAGACCUCGCGCCGGUUUUCUGACACCUGCUUCCUGGAUGUCGAUCAACAGCCGACAUGUGACGCCUGCAGGCCCGGCUACACAGGAAGACGCUGUGAAAAGUGUGCACCUGGUUACCAGGGUAACCCCCUCCUGCCUAAUGGAAAAUGCAUUCCUAACCAAAGCUCCAAGUGUGAUAACAGAGGAGUCAUCAGCUCCAGCAGCAGACCGUGCAGCUGCAAGAACAACGUGGCAGGCGCUCUGUGCGACGAGUGUAAGCCCGGCUUCUUCCACCUAUCAGAGGCCAACCCCGAGGGCUGUCUGCGCUGUUUCUGCAUGGGCGUCACCAAGCAGUGCGCCAGCUCCACUUGGAAUCGAGAUCAGGUGCGAGGAGGCGUGAACGGGCAGCUCUUCUCCCUCUCCAACAGCGCCAACACCAAAACUAUCUCUGAAGGCAUCUCCCAGAGGGGCUCCUCUGAAGUCGUGUACCGCUCCUUCUCCAGUGUCCCCAACGACAUCUACUACUGGGUCCUGCCUGAGAGCUUCAGAGGAGAUAAGGUGACGGCCUAUGGCGGGGAGCUUCGCUACACAGUGCGCUUUGAGCCCUUUCAGCGCUCUCUGGUGAUUGACGGUCAGCCAGAUGUGGUUCUCCAGGGCAACGGCAUCUUCCUGGAGCACUACUCGAAGACCAAUGCGCUUCCACGUGUCCCUCAAACCUUCACUGUGACCUUCAGAGAGUCUGCGUGGCGUCGUGCAGAUGGGCAGCCGUGCACCCGUGAACACCUGCUGAUGGCUCUGGCUGACGUUACUGUCUUCAUGAUCAGGGCCACCUAUGCCGACAACAUGGCUGAGAGCAGUAUCUCGGACAUCAAGAUGGACAUUGCCGUUCCUCAAUCUACUGGUAACGAGCGUGCUCUGGAGGUGGAAGAGUGCACCUGCCCUCAAGGAUACAGAGGACCUUCUUGCCAGGAGUGUGAUGAAGGUUACACUCGGUCCAGCUCUGGCCUUUACCUGGGCACUUGUGAGAGGUGCGACUGCAACGGCCAUGCCAGCAGCUGUGAUCCAGAGACCGGCAGGUGUCUGCAAUGUCUCCACAACACCGCCGGCCCAAGGUGUGAGCGCUGUGAUACCGGUUUCUAUGGAAACCCUGUAACGGGCGGUGCUCAGGCCUGCCAACCGUGCCCAUGUCCUGGAACUGCUUCCAGCAACCAAUUCUCCUCCACCUGCUAUCUGGAGUCUGACGGACAGCCGACCUGCGAUAACUGCCCCCCUGGAUACACUGGCCGACGCUGUGAAAGAUGUGCUGCAGGAUACACUGGCAACCCACUGAUUGGACAGAGAUGCAGUGUUGGCGGCAAUGAAGUCAACGGUAACUGCUAUAACUGUGACCAAAGAGGAAGUGAAGGCUGCAAUGGUGGUGCAUGCCGCUGCAAGAUGAACGUUGAAGGUCCAUCUUGCUCCAGCUGCAAGUCUGGAACCUUCCAUCUCAGCCCGGAAAACAAAGAUGGCUGCCUGUCCUGUUUCUGUAUGGGCGUCACUCAGCAGUGCUCCAGCUCUACCUACUACAGAGACCUGGUGUCCUCAGUCUUUUCUCCAGGGAACUUCCAGGGAUUCGCUCUGGUGAACCGUCAACGCACCAACCGCAUCUCCACUGGUUUCACUGUGGAGGUUUCCACUGAAGGCACUCAGCUGUCCUACAGCAACUUUGACUACCUGGGACAGGAGCCUCAUUACUGGCAGCUCCCAGGGGUCUACCAGGGAGACAAGGUGGGUUCUUACGGCGGGAAGCUUAAAUACACCAUUUCCUAUGUGGCUGGCCCAAGAGGAACACUGCUUGAUGAUGGCGACAUCCAGAUUAUUGGUAACGACAUCACUCUGGUGGCUCGUCAGCCCUGGGAGAGGAGGCAGCAGGGCGGCAGAGAGACUCACCAGUUUGAGGUUGUCUUCAAAGAGGAAUACUGGCGUCGUCCUGAUGGCAUGCCCGCCACCCGAGAGCACCUGAUGAUGGUCUUGGCUGAUCUGGAUGACAUCCUGAUUCGAGCAUCCUACUCCACAGAGAUGCGGUCCUCCAGCAUCUUUGAUAUCAACAUGGAGGUUGCGGUACCUAACUACAGCGGCUUGGCACAGGCCCUCGAGGUGGAGCAGUGCCGCUGCCCACCUGGAUACCAGGGACUCUCUUGCCAGGACUGUGCACCUGGAUAUACUCGCACAGGAGGAGGUUUAUACCUUGGCCACUGUGAGCUCUGUGAAUGCAACGGCCACUCUGACUCCUGCCACCCUGAGACUGGCAUCUGCACGAGCUGCCUUCAUAACACUCAGGGGGAGCUCUGUGAGCAGUGCGCUCCCGGCUUCUUCGGUGACCCCACUGUUGGCACUCCAGAGGACUGCCAGCCCUGCGCCUGCCCUCACACUGACCCAGACAACCAGUUCUCCCCCACCUGUGAGAGCCUUGGAAAUGGAGGCUACCAGUGCACUGCCUGUCAGCCAGGGUACACUGGCCAGUACUGUGAACGUUGUGCUCCUGGAUAUGUUGGCAACCCUCAGGAGAGAGAGAAGUGUCGUCCAUACGAUGCUGCAGCCUCCCUGGUGGUGAAGGUUUAUCCAGAGAGGGUCCUGGCAUCCCAGGGUGGCCCUGUCACUCUCCGGUGUCAGGUGUCUGGUAGUCCUCCACACUAUUUCUACUGGUCCAGAGAGGACGGACGACCCAUCUCCAGCAGCGCUGACAGACGCAGACAAGGCGCAGAGCUGUACUUCCCCAACGUCCAGCCGAGUGACGCCGGCAUCUACGUCUGUACCUGCAGAGACCAGCGCAGCACCAACAGAAGCCGUGCUGAAAUUGUUGUCACAAAUGUCCAAUCCAAACCCAUUGAGGUCACAGUUGAGGAGCCCAAAGCCCAGACUGUCCGGGUGGGGUCUACCGUCAGCUUCAUCUGCACUGCGAAGAGCAAGUCACCAGCCUACACCCUGGUGUGGACCCGGAUGGGUAACGGGAAACUGCCCAACAGGGCCAUGGACUUCAACGGCAUCCUGACAAUUCAGAACGUCCAGCCCGAGGAUGCAGGCGUCUACGUCUGCACGGGCUCCAACAUGUUUGCCAUGGACGAGGGCAAUGCCAUCCUCUACGUGCCAGAGGCCUCACAGACUCAGAUGUUUUACACAGCCUAUGAAAUGUUUGAAGGACACAGAAAGCCGGCGGAGGGGGCCCAGCCCGUGGCCACCAUCACUCCCUCAGUGCUCAAUGUCCAGCAGGGCCAGCGGGCAGAGCUUCGCUGCACAGUGACUGGAAACCCAACCCCCGCCAUUGAAUGGAUUGGAGGUCCAGGGAACAGAAUGAGUCCCCGAGCUGUGAUCCGAGGCGGCGUCCUGACCUUCACAGCAGUGGACCCCGCUGAUGAGGGAGAGUACACCUGCAAGGCCCUGAACACUCAUGGGGAGCACACAGCACGGGUUUCCCUCUUUGUCCAAAAGUCUAACCCAAGUGGCCUAGGCACCCAGCCCCAAGUCCAAGUCAGUCCCCAAAAUAUCGGAGUCCACGAAGGCGACACCUUGAGGCUGUACUGCCGCGCAUCGGGAUCGCCCACGCCGAAGCUCACCUGGCUGAAGAAUGGAGGACAAAUCCCUCCACAGGCCAUUCCCUCUCACGGUUUCCAUCAGUUUAAAAGCAACAGUCUCGAUGUGUUACAGAGACGUAUUGAGGAGCUGCAGGCUCGCAUGGACCGCACCGACAUCGGCACUCUGCUCAUCCCCAACAUCAAGAUGUCCGACUCGGGCACCUACAUGUGUGUCGGUAGCAACAACAUUGGCUCAAAUAGCGCUCCCAUUAAAGUCACUGUGUUUAAAGCGGACCAUAGCUCCUCAGUGGUCAGCAUCCAGCCGUCUAUGGCUGAUAUCCAGGAGGGCCAGAAUCUGGAGCUCAGCUGUUUUGCCCCUGGAAACCCCCCUCCCCAAGUCACCUGGACGAGAGCCAGCGGACGCCUCUCCUCGAACCACCAGGUUGUGGGCAGUCAGCUGCGUAUCUCGUCAGCCACCCCAGAGGACUCCGGGGAGUAUGUCUGUCGGGUGCAGGGCAACCCUGGAAAUCCAGGAUCUCAUGUCCACCAGGCCUCCGUCUCUGUGUCUGUCACUUCGUCUUCUUCGCGUCUUCAGAGUCCAAUCAUCGCCAUUGAGCCCCACAGCGCCACAGUGCGUGUGGGGGAGUCGGCCAGCUUCAGGUGCAGGGUCUACAGCGGCGCCCAGCCUGUCAGACUGGAGUGGAAACGGGCCAGCAACCAGCCGCUGCCAGAUAAUGUUAAAGUUAGCGCCGACGGCUCUGUCAUCACCAUCACCAGUGUGCGCCCUAUGAACCACGGCGCCUACCGCUGUGUGGCCAGCAACCCGUUCGGCAUCACCCACACCAUCGUGUCUUUGAUUGUCAAAGAGUCUCCUGUGGCCACCGUCACCCCUGUUGGACCCCUGCGUGUCAGGGUGGGUGAGCCCAUUAACCUGGAAUGCCAGGCGUCAGGUGAGCCCCGCCCCUCAGUAUCAUGGCACAGGCUGGACAGCAACCGCAAGACCAUGCUGAGCAGCCCCGUGCCCAUGGAGUCCAACGCAGUCAUGCAGAUACUAGUGGCACGUCCAGAGGACAGCGGCAUGUAUGUAUGCACAGCUCGCAACAACGAGGGCACCACCGAGACCAGGGUGGAGGUGAUGGUUGAGGGAGGCUCUCAAGUGCCCACAGUGCCCAGGGCCUCUGUUCCAGAGCCGCUGGUGGUUAUGGAAGAGGGACAGACCGCAACUCUGCGCUGUGAGGCCCACGGCUUCCCGUCCCCGACGAUCACCUGGUCCAAGCUGCGCUCUCCUCUGCCCUGGAGACACAAGGUGGUGAACAACAGCCUGGUGCUGCCCAACGUGGGCCGCCAAGACUCCGGAGAAUACAUCUGCACCGCCACUAACACCAUGGGCACCACCGAAGUCACCAUCAUGCUGGAUGUAGAGACCCUUCCUUAUGCCACAUCUGUGCCUGAUGACGUGGCUGUGCGGGUCGGGGAGGUGAUCAGGUUGCAGUGCCUGGCCCAUGGCACUCCUCCUCUGACCUACAGCUGGACCAAGCUGGAUGGAAACCUGCCCCCGAGGGCCGAGGUUAACGGAGGGGAUCUGCAGAUCAACCUGGCCACUGCUGAGGACGCCGGGAGCUACAAGUGUGUGGCCACCAACAAAGUGGGCAACAGCGAAGUGCUCGCUAAAGUCACAGUCAGAUCCCCCUUGGCAGUGCGGGUGUCGCCCCAGGUUGAAGUUAAGGCCCAGGGCAGUGCAGUGGAGUUCACCUGUUCAGCAGCAGGUGGAAUAGAAACCAAAAUUGAGUGGCUGAAGGAGGGAGGAGCUCUGCCACCAAACCACCACAUCAAAGACGGGGUGCUCAGGAUUGAGAACCUUGAGCAGAGCAAUGAAGGUGUUUAUAUCUGCAGAGCCAGCAGUGUGUACGGUCAGGCUCAGGACACUGCCAGGUUGACCAUCCAAGCCCUGCCAAAGGUGAUGAUCAACGUGCGUACCUCGGUGCAGACUGUGAUGAUAGGCAACUCCGUGGAGUUUGAGUGCCAGGCUGUUGGUGACCCAGAGCCCACAGUGCAGUGGAGUAAAGUCGGCGGGUCUCUGCCCGCUCAUAUCAUGGUGAAGGGCGGCAUGCUGAAGAUCGAGCAGGUGACGGAGGCCGACGCCGGGCAGUACCGCUGCACGGCCACCAACGAUGUAGGCUCAGUACAGUCCCAGGUGGUCCUCAACGUCCAGUCCCUCCCUCAAAUUGCUGCGCUGCCUGAGACUAAGAAGGUGACAGUUGGGUCUGAUGCAGUCUUGCCUUGUGUGGCCUCAGGAUACCCUGUACCUGAGAUCAAAUGGUCCAAGGUGGAAGGGGAGCUGCCUCCGAAGUGUUUCCAGGAGGUGAACGUGCUGACGGUCCCUCGGGUCACCCAUGAGGAUUCUGGGACAUACGUCUGCACGGCCUCUAACAAACAGGGCAAAGUGGAAGCCUUUACCACGCUUCAAGUUCACGAGAGAGUGAUGCCAUACUUCGCCCAGGAACCCCUGUCCUACCUCACCCUGCCCACCAUCAAAAAUGCCUACAAGGCUUUCAGCAUUAAAAUCAACUUCAGGCCCGAUAAUGUCGAUGGUCUCAUAUUGUACGCCGGUAUGAUCCUCUACAACGGCCAGAGAAGGACCACCGGAGCAGACUUUAUUUCUCUGGGACUUGUGGGCGGCUGCUUGGAGUUCAGGUUUGACGUGGGCUCCGGCAUGGCCGCCAUACGUGACCCCAACCCCAUCAAGCUGGGAGAGUUUCACACAGUUGAGCUUUAUCGCAACCACACCCUGGGCUACAUCAUUGUCGACGGAGGGGAGCCCAUCAACGGCAGCUCGCAGGGCAAGUUCCAGGGCCUGGAUCUGAACGAGGAGCUGCAUGUGGGUGGCUACCCCAACUACACAGUCCUCACCAAAACUGCUGGCAUCAAGACUGGAUUUGUUGGCUGUAUCCGUCAGCUGGUCAUCCAAGGUGAUGAAGUGAUCUUCAAAGACCUGGACCGCAGCUCUACUGGUGUCACAAACUGUCCCACCUGCAAAGAUCGCCCAUGCCAGAAUGGAGGGGGCUGCGAGGACUCAGAGACCAGCUUGUACAAGUGCAGCUGCCCCAGAGGAUUCACAGGCAGCAACUGCCAGCACCACUCAUCCCUGCACUGUCACUCAGAGGCCUGCGGACCAGACGCCACGUGCAUCAACCGCCCAAACGGCCUGGGCUAUGACUGCCGCUGCCAUCUUGGCAAGUUUGGAAACAAAUGCAUGGAUGGGGAACUGGUGACCACGCCGCUGUUUGAUGGUGAGGAAUCAUACAUAGCCUAUCCCCCCCUGACCAACAUCCACGAUGACCUGCGUGUUGAGCUGGAGUUCAAGCCCCUGGAAAGAGAUGGCCUGAUGUUCUUCUGUGGAGGGAAGAAGAUGAAGGUGGAGGACUUUGUAGCCAUCUCCAUGGUGGAGGGACACGUAGAGUUCAGAUAUGAACUGGGCACAGGCCAGGCAAUUCUUCUCAGCCCAGAGCCGGUCUCUCUGGGCCAGUGGCACAGAGUUGUGGCCGAGCGAAACAAGAGGGCCGGCCACCUGAGAGUGGACCUGGGCCCAGUGGAGAGGAGGACGUCUCCAGGAAAAGCCCAGGGCCUCAAUAUCCACACCGCCAUGUACCUGGGAGGGGUCCCCCACAUGGACAUCCUGCCUAAGCCGGCCAAUGUCAGCGAAAUGUUUGAGGGAUGUAUAGGAGAGGUUUCCAUCAACAACAAGAAGGUGGAUCUGUCCUACAGCUUCACAGACAGCAGAUCUAUCCGCAAGUGCGUGGACAACAGCCCCUGUGACCGCCGGCCCUGCCUGAACGGUGGUCGCUGCAUGUCGAGCGUGGAGUAUGAGUACCAGUGCCUCUGUAAGGACGGAUUUGAAGGUGAGCGCUGUGAGGUGGUGAAAGACGUGUGCGACAGCAACCUUCAGUGCCAGAAUGGUGGCAGCUGCGUCGACGGCCAGUGUGUGUGCACGCCCGGCCACACAGGCCUGAACUGCGAAGAACGCCAGGUCUCCAGCUUCCCCGAGGCCCAGUGGAAUUUGGAAGCUAAGGAGGCAAAUGAUUCACCUUAUCAGUAUGCAGCUCAUUUCCACAAUGAUGGCUACAUUGCCCUUCCUAAAUCCAUUUUCCCAAGAAGUGCCCACGACUCGCCAGAGACCAUCGAGCUGGAGAUCAACACCGGCUCCUCUGAGGGUCUGAUCCUGUGGCAGGGAGUGGAGACCAAUGGCGUACGCAAUUUGCGAAAGGUGCAUGCUAGUAAAAAGGAACUUGGAGAACACGGCAAAGGGAAGGACUUCAUCAGCCUCGGUCUACAGAAUGGACACCUUGUUUUCAGUUACCAGUUGGGCAGCGGCGAGGCAGAGAUCUUGUCCCGGAAGUCCAUCAAUGAUGGGAGAUGGCAUAAGAUCACAGCAGUCAGAACUGGAAAAGAUGGAUACAUCCAGGUGGAUGGAGGAGCGGCGCUACACGGCCAGUCUAAGGGCAGGAGCCUCAUGGUCAACACCAAAGGCAGCAUAUAUCUGGGCGGAGCCCCCGACAUGGUUGCCAUGACAGGAGGGAAGUUUUUGACGGGAAUCACGGGCUGCGUGAGGAACCUGACGCUGAUGAACGCCCGGCCAGGACAGCAGCCAGCCCAGGCCAUCGACCUGCAAGCCCACGCAGCCCACGGCAUCAACGUGCAGCCGUGCUCCUCAUAGAUCACAGCGCGCACGCAAACACACACACACACACACACACACGAAAACACACGCGUACACACAGAGACUAUGGAGUGACGUCACACAUACACACACACACAGCAGACUCACACAGAGAGACCUACACACAAAGAGGCUGACACAAACUUGGUGCUUUGCUGCUACCAAAAAAAAAGCAAGAUGACACAACAGGAUGCGUUUCUCUGUGUGCAGUAAAACCAAAAAAAGAGAGAAAAAAUGAAACGAUAUUAACAAGUCUUCUCUUCCUCAGUGUUGUAUUCUCAAUGAAGGACUAUUAACACAGGAGAACCAGUACAGUUUACAUACUUCCAGCAGUAGUUUUAGCCAUGAGAAGAGUAAGAGUAAAACAUAUUAGGCCUUCUACGAUGGGUCAGAUCCUAUGGAGUUGGAGAUGUUUUUACAGCACUGAAUUUUUAUUUAUAUACAUAUGAAUAUAUAUAUAUUAUAUUUGUGGGGGAAAACAUGCAAACUAACCAUAACUGCUCUUCAACUUUCCUAGAGUUUAUUCUGGGUUCUAAUACUGUGUGUCCAGGGCUUUUUAUAGGCCUAACUGUAUUAAUACUUGAAGACGUUUAGGCCUUCUUUCUUCACUUCUGUAGAGGAACCUUUUUCGCGAGCAUGCUUACAGUCUUGUGCAAACGGUUGGGAGAGGAGCGCACACGGUCACGGUCACAUGCAGCUUCAGUACACAACUCAGGUCGUCAAAUACAAAUUAAUAACCGCAAAUGUUACACGUGCUGCCGCUUUGACUCGGCUCGAUUUUUUUUUUUGCUUCCGCAGCGUUGUUGUGUCUCCUGUGUCUGUAUACGUUCUUUUUUAUGAAAAGAAAGAAACCUUGGUGCUAAUGUCAGACAUGAAGAUACAGCACAUACGGUAGUCAUAUGGUUUCAUGUCUGUCCCAUGUAGAGGUGUGUUUUGUUUUUGUUUUUUUUAGUAAUUUGGUUAACAGCUAGUGUCACAUUUGUUGAUAUGCAUGGCAUUUGAGGUUGAUUUUAUAAGAAUAUGGCAUGACUUGUUGCCUCCGCAGCCUUAUUUGAUUGAGUAGAUCUCAAAAAACAGCUAACUGAAAAGCGUGUCUUUUUUUUUUAUGUGUGAAUGUUGGAGAUAUUGUUUUAUGUGUAAAACUAUCUGCCAGUCAGGUAGAUAUCUCUGUCGGUUAAGAAUGAGUGCGUUUGCUUCCAUUUGUGCGUAGGUCAUUCGGACUUUAAGCCCCAGUAUGGAGUCAGGUGUGUGUGUUUGUGUGCGUGCGUGUGUCAUUAUCCACAUCCUCAGGAGGGUCAACCCAGAACUGCCUCAUGAUGUUACUUAAUUUUCAGGUUUGGUAGCUUUAGUGACAAUUCAGUAAGCUAUAAAACUCUGAAGGCUCUGUGGCUCUGUGGGUUGUUUUCUCUGCAGAGGGAGAUUCAUCAGACAGCAGUAGGACAGUGUUUGGUCAUGUGAGAAUGCAGCGGAAGCCUCCUGCAGGUGCUGUGACCAGUAGUGCAGCUCUGAUAAAGCAUGCUCGCCCACCUUUAGUCGACCACACCACAACGGCACGAUCACUUUGGGGUUCACAAGCCUGUUUUUUUUUUCUUUUUUUCUUUUUUUUUGUAAGCUUAAAAUAUUUGUAUUAAUAUCCUAAAAAUGAGCACUAUCCUUUCUCUUAGAGUUGCUUCAUUUUUAUUUAUUUCAUGUGUUUUUCUUUUCCUCUUUUUCAUCGCUUCGUUUCAAGGCUCGAUUCUGCUGUUUUAGAGCAAUCACAGAAGCUUGCUAGUUUCUUUCCUCUGGUUAUUGUGUAUUGCCUCCCACAUCCCCUUGUUUUUCCCGUCAUGUUUGAGUUUGAAUACGCCCCCCCCCCCCUCCUCCUCUGGUAAGUUCCUCAGAAAUUAUUGAUCUGCGCAGAAAGGCGUCGUCAUGUUCGUUCAGAUAUGAACAUGUGGAUGUAAGGAGCCACUGCUGUGGUCCAGGUUUAGGACACUGAAGCAGAGAAUGACGGUGUGAACGGCCCCUUGUUGGGUUCCUUUUGUGUAUCUGCUCUUAAACUGGAUUUUCACAUAUACACUGUACACUCACGCCCAGUGCAAAGCUGUCAAGAAACCCACUGCUUUUUGGUUGUUUUGCGAAAUACGAAAGGUGCACUUUUAGUUACGAUGGGAAUUUUUAUUUUGAAAGUUUUUAAACAUUUCACUGUUUCACUUCUGACCGGCAGAAAAUAACACUAAAGUUAAAUGAAUGAAAUUGUACCAGAUGAAAUGUUGUCCGUGUUCGGACGGCCUCACAUCCAUUUCCAGUGUUGAAAAGACGCUCCCCCUGCCCUUGGUGUUUCUUAAUUAAAAACAAAAUUCAUGUGCUAUUUGUAAUCUUGUGAGUUUUCUUUCUUCGAGGCUGUAUUGCUUGUGUGUUGCUCUAUGCUGGGAGGUUUCUCUAUAUGGAGCAUUUUUCAGUCAAAUCACUUCAUUGUUCCCAAAUAAUCCAUUGUACCAGCGAGCUUUAAACCUGCUCUGAUUACACUGCCUAUUAGGAGAGUUAAGCCCCAGUGUUCCUGUGUAGUUACACCCAAAUCAGGUUUCUAGAAUAAACCUGUCCCAUGGGUCCAGUGCUCUCAUCUUACAGAGUCCACUGUAUGUAUCUGCUCAAUUAUCUUGACAAUACAUGAAUACGUACCGUAUCAUGUACAGUGAAUGUGCUGGCAGAGUUUAAUAUUGUCGAUACUGAUAAUAGUCUGAUUAUAUACAAUGUCAUCACAGUAGUGCACGUUCACUACAUUAUAAAUGCUCACAAGUGAGUCACGUAACUCAGCGUUUUAGAAAUGUAGAGGUUUGAUUUGUCUGCAGCUUCAAAAGUUCUAUAGAAUAUAGUCAAAUAGCUCAUGAACCGCUGUUGACACUUCAUCCCCAAGCAAACUGAACAGUCAGUGACAACAGGGGGCAGUUAUGUAACCGGAUAACCAGCAUAGAGAGACCCCUUUGAGACACAGGGUACCUGUACAUAAACGUAAGGGCUAAUCGGUCUGAGGAUGAUUGGACAGAGGUGCGUUUGUGGUGGCUCAGUUUUCACGCUCGCAUUAUGGUCGUUAUGUAAGAGAAUUUUAACUUCCAAUGUAAACAACAGACCCCAGAUCUUACAUGUGGUUUCACAGGUCUGCCAUCCUUCAUUCAUCAGACAGGUGAUUUUUUUCCCCUCAAAUUUCUCAUUUGUCCAAGUAGUUCUACCUAAAUCACUGUCACACAACCACGCUUACACAAUAAUAUUUAUAUUAUAUAUGUUUAACACAUUUCUUGCUGAUUUUUCAACUUGCAUUACAGAAUAAAUGAUUAACUGCUAAGACGCUAUCGGAUGCAGACGAGAUGCUGGAAAGCUUCUCGGAAAGAAGGACCAGAUGCUUGUUGUGUAUUUUUAAUAAAGCCACAGAACAACUAACUUAACGUCUCAAUAAAACG